AUUCGAGAGCUCAGACGGCGAAAUGGGCUCCCGGUGACGUCAAAUUGUAGCGCCAGAGGCUGUUUCCGCAAACCCUAAACAACAACAUCGGGAGCUUUUGUUGCAUUUUUUUUAACAAAACAGCAAAAUGCCUAAGGUAAAGAGGAGUCGGAAGCCACCCCCUGAUGGAUGGGAACUCAUUGAGCCCACUUUGGACGAGCUGGAUCAGAAAAUGAGAGAAGCUGAAACAGAGCCUCAUGAGGGGAAGCGAAAGGUGGAGUCCCUUUGGCCCAUUUUCAGGCUACAUCAUCAGCGGAGUCGAUACAUCUAUGACCUCUUCUACAAAAGGAAAGCCAUAAGUAGAGAGCUGUACGAGUACUGUAUUAAGGAAGGCUAUGCAGACAAAAACCUAAUAGCUAAGUGGAAGAAGCAGGGCUACGAGAACCUGUGCUGCCUGCGCUGUAUCCAAACGCGAGACACCAACUUCGGAACCAACUGCAUCUGCAGAGUCCCCAAGAGCAAGCUGGAAGUUGGAAGGAUCAUUGAAUGCACUCACUGUGGAUGCAGAGGUUGUUCUGGCUAAGUUUUUGGACAUCGGUCUGUUUUCUUUUUGGGCAUCAGGGCUCAACUGCCUCCAUCUGUCCACUCUCACUUCCCUGAAGUCUGUUUUUACAUUCGCCAGAGGGGCCAUAUUGUCAUAAUUACUUUAGUGUUUUGGUGGUGUGUAAUUUUUUUUUUUUUUAUACACCUAACUAAAGCUCUCAUCACCAAAAGCCCAAAGUAGGAAGUUAAGGUCAAGCUUAUCAUUUCAACUAGUCACAUCCUCUGAAGGUUAUUUUCAGUCCUACUGUGUUUUAUUUCAUUAGGAGAGAUUAGGGAAUGAUUUGUUUGACAUCUCAUUGUUUUUGUCA